GGAAGCGAGGUUGGCAACUGACGAUGGGGGCUGCUUUCAACUUUCCAGAAUUUCUUAACAUCGCAAGUGAACUUUGGAAAAGUCAGUCUUCGAAAGAAAAGUAUUGCAUUCAGAAUACAUUUGAACUCGACAAGGAUGUUAUUGACGUAGGAAUGAAAGUAGUCAACUGGAGGGAUUCCAGCAUUGAACACUAUAUUGAAAGUAUCAAAAGAUGUUUCAAGCUUCCAAGGUCGAGGUUGAAAUCGACGUCAGCUGCUGAGGACAAUAGACAAAAGGGUAACAGGCUCUUCCAGAAGAAGGAUUAUAAAAGGGCUUUAGAAUGUUAUACAAAGAGUGUUCAGAUUGCUCCUCAUGAUGGAUCAGAUACAUUAGCAUUGGCUCAUGCAAACCGGUCUGCUGCCCUCUUUCACCUCGGCCGUUACAAGGCUUGUAUCCAGGAUAUAGAUGAAGCAAUAGCGCAGGGAUACCCAACUGAUAAACACUACAAGGUGCUCCAAAGAAAGGGACAGUGCUUCUUAAAAUUGAGAUGCUUUGAAGAAGCAGAAGAAGAAUUCUUGAAGGCUCUGCAAUGCCUUGAAUGUGUUGUUGGAGAAAGCAAAAGGAAACAAGAGGUAAAGACUUUACUACAGGAGAGCACCAACCCUUCAGUGGAAGAUCAGCUCCUUUCAUUGCCCUUUAAUCUUAGUGAUGAAUCACAUGAAGAGAUCUCACAAAUAUCCUCCAGAUUGGCAAAUGCAUCAACAGCAAUCAUUGCUAAACAUCAGAAAGAAAAGGGUCGAUACCUAGAGGCAACCAGAGACAUAGAAGCCGGGGAACUACUCAUCAAGGAUAAGCCAUAUGCUGCCAUCAUCUUAAAAGAAGAAGAAAAUUCCUACUGUCAUCACUGUUUUAUGCCAUGCUCACCAAUCCCGUGUCCCAGCUGCACUUAUGCUAGGUACUGUAGUUCUGAAUGCAGAGCAGCUUGUUUGAGUCAGUAUCACUCUGUUGAGUGUGGGACCAAGGAACUUCUCCAGCAGGUGAGCUUGUUCAGCCAACUUAGUCUGCGUAUCCUCAUCACUGCUGGGACAAAAGCACUCUCCCAACACAUCAACAAUUCCAAGACACCAUCUUGCUCAAAGUCAUCUUCAAAAUCAUCAACAUUGUCGUCAUCGACCUCAUCGCAGACUCCCUCAUCAGAUUUUGUUGAACAUGGCAAAGUUACUUAUGAAUCCAUCCAUGGUCUUGAAGCACAUUGGUUUAAUCAUUCACAUGAAGAGCUUAUACAGUAUGCUGUGACUUCCAUUUUGCUUGCCAAGUGCUUCUACUCAAAGCUAGUCCUACCAGAAAUCUGCGAAACCAUCUCUAAAGAUGAGAUCAUCACGGAGUUGGCAUCGCUCCUUCUACUUCACACCAGACAACUGAAAUCAAACUCCCAUGCUAUCACCCAUGUGCGGUCACCUGAGAAAGGAAACACAGCAGCAAAGUCAACUGGGAUUAUAGAGGAGAUAUCGCAGGUACGGAUAGCGACGGCGGUCUACCCGACAGUGAGCUUGAUGAACCAUGCUUGUCAACCAAACGUCAUUGCCAGUUUCAGAAAAGAUAUCAUAAGUGUUAGAGCUACAGAGAUGAUCAGAUGUGGUGAUGAAAUACAACAUUGUUAUGGACCUCAGGUCGGUCACAUGACAUCAUCGGACAGGCAGGAGGCGCUCUUAAAGCAGUACUGCUUCACAUGCUGCUGCAGAGCUUGCAAGUCUCAUCCCAAAUCUAGCGAGAAAGAGAGGGGUGUCCGCAUCAAAUGUCCUCAAUGCGGUCAUCAACUCAACUUCGAGACAAGUAUGUGUGGACCGUGUAAUGUGAGAUUUGAUUUGGUGACAUUAUUGACGAUGGCAACACAAGCUAUGACUAAGAUAUCUGAGUUAGUACAUGAAUUCUCAGCAGUAGAGGGCGACAAAGCACUAAUGAGAGAUGUUGUUUCAAGAACAAAAUGCUGCAUCGAAGAGUUAGAGCAAAUCGUCGUGACACCUGACAUGAAACUAGCCGAGGCAUAUGACUUCAUGGCCAAAUGUCACGCUAUGCUGGAUGAGUUCAAAGAAGCUGGUUCAUGGUUAACCAAGUCAAUCCCAAUGAUUGAAUGGAAAUAUGGCAGGGAUUCUAUAGAGGUAGCUAAUGAACUCUACAAGCUGGCACAGAUAUACUUCAAUGGCGAGGAGGUUGCUCCAGCAACGGAAGCUAUAGACAGAGCCCUGGAACUAUUUACACGUCACUAUGGCAACAACACCUGUGAGGUUCAGGAUCUAAUGAAGAUGAAGCUCUGUCUGAAGUUAUUCUGACAUAGCACCCCACUGCUUGGAUCCUGAAAGUGACAAUAUAUGUUUUCUGUAGAUGUUUGAUUAAGGACGAAAUCUUACAUGACUAGUUGGAGCAUACCAGUACUGUCUUCAUAGCCAUUUGAUUGGUGUCUACAGAUAAUUUUCUGCAAGCGAAGGGUCCUAUUUUGUAGGCUGAAAGCAAAUAAUAUGCUAUUGCAAUUCCAGAGGCAUUGGGAAUAACUUCAAGUACUGUCUUAUCAUUUCAUUCAUUUGUGUAAUAUGUUACCUGAUAUUACACUGUGCAGAAUGAUUGUCAGAUAUUCUACCAGGAAUCUACAGUGUGUUGAUUUCAUCACAAAUAUUUUAUUACAUAACCUUUACAUGUGACGGCAGUGUGAUGCAUAUGAAUCCAUUACCGGUAAAUCAUAUUAUGAAACGGAUCCAAGAAUGUAGCCAAUAGGGAAUGUGUAUGCAAGUUGAAUGUGGAUGAUCUAAUUCUGUGCAUCCUCGCAACCAUGCAUUGAUAUAAUGGAUGUCCUCAAGUGCGCUACAUAUCCCCCAACACACUUGCAACUAUGCAUUAUUGGUAAUUAUAUUCCAUGUACUAAAAAUCAUGCUAUGUACUAUUCGUCAAAAGUAAGUCACAUUUUAAAUCAUAGCAAGCUAUCAAACACGUCUUUCAAGCUAAUAAGUUUGAUGUAUAGAGUCAAAACAAGCAUUACCAAUAUCUGGAUUAUGCACAAAAUAAGUGUAUUUUACUGUGUACUAUGUGUGUACAUUAAAUAAGUGCAACACACUGUCAUUUUGAUAUCCACUUUGGUUGUACUAACAGAAAUAAAUGGCAAGUUUUGGGUGGUUGCAAGUUGGUUACAAGGGGAAUAUUAUGGAAUUUUAAGAAAUACAUUGACUUUUACUUCUUCAUAUUGAUCUGUGUUAAGAUAUCAGAUGAACAUGCUGCUUAUUUGUGUUAACAUAUGUUUUUGCCCUGUGUUUAAAUACGGUUUGGAUACUCCAUAUCUGCGGCAUGUAUUUGCACGUAUCUAAAUCAUUUAUCAUUUACGAAGUAACAAAGAUUUCGCCGUAGGGUACGGACUAAUGAGCGAAAGACGUGACUAUCUUUCUUAAGCAAAAAUAUAGAGGAAAUCAUUUUCCAUGACUAACGACUUUACUGUUUACGCAUGUAUCGUUUAAGAAUUAUAUAAAUCAUCUACCCCAGAUAUUAUUAAAGAGAGUUGAGAUAUUAAAGUCAAUACCACAAGGUGGAAGAUUUUGAAAUGCUCUUUAUCCUUAUUGUGAAAUUCAGGAGGAAAUCUGGAUGAAUUGUAUUCAUAAUGAAUCAUUAAUUCAUUAAUCAGUCAUUGAAACACCACAAUGUUUUCUUCUCAUUUUCCUUCUCGAUGUACAUAUUUUUGCCCUUUUCUGAUGAUUUUAAGAUUUUUUUUCACUAAAAGUUAUCAAAAUAUUUUAGGGGUUUCUUUCUAUUCUUAUAACCAUAUUAAUUUAUUAUAUGUUAUGGUUUGCUGAUGAUAUUAUUGACAUUACUUGAAAAGCUGUGGAUGCCAUGUUUCAUUUCUGUGGAAUGAAGUUACCUUUAAUAUCAUUAGGAUGUAUUGGUUAGGGUCUUUUCAGGCACACAACCAAAUGCAUGCGACUUCUUUUCAUUUGUCAAAUGUUCCGGAAUAGACAUUUCAAAAGUUUUCAGUUUUUAUUUAUCUGGUGGCAUGGGAUUACGUGCACACAAAAAAAAUAGUCACAGAGAAAAAUGACUUCAUGCCACUUCUUUCCUUUAUUAACGCCUUUUAAUUUGCCUUUAAGCCAAAUUUAUCAAAUUCAAUCACUCCGGAUUAAUUUGUUUUGCUUCGUAAGCACUUUGAAGAAUAGCAUGAAUCGUUGUUAUGAUAACAACAUCGGGUUAAAGAAUGACAGAAAUUGCUGUUAGGAAAACACCAUCGUGUGAG